UCGGUGCAGCUCAGUCUCAUCUCACUCUCUCCUUUUCAUGAUACGCUGCUUCCUCCUACAGAAGUCUGAGAGAGAUCAAAAGAUGUUUAGUGUCUUGAGAAGUGCUCGGAUACAACUGUUACACUGACGUUACCGUAAACAAGCAGCGCCUCCUCCUCUAAGGGUAACAACCGGUGAUGAGAGAUUAUUUCCAGAGAUGUAGCCGAGGCUGCACACCUCCGUUACUUGGAGACGGUCAGAAAAAUUUCUGCGGAAAGUUUUUCUCUUCGGAUGGAAGACGUUUUGAGACAAAGCAGUCGGUCUUUGGCUGUUUUCUCCCGCGUUUUGUGAUAAUGGGAGGAGCCAGACGCUGAGUGAAGCAAUGUCUUGGGGGGAGUUCAUCGAGCUCCGCGACCUGAGGCCAGGCAAAGAGCAUAUAGAGCUGACUGGCACGCGGUCGCCCUCCUCACCACCACGCCUGGAGAGAGCAAACGCCCUGAGGAUCAGCCCAGGGAAGGUACCAGACCUGCUGAGCCGGGUGGGCAUCAUCAGAGUCCUGAGCAGCACCCAGGACCCUCAGCUCCCAGAGGAGAAGGGAGAAGGACACAACUUCCAGCCCUGCAGCCACGCUCAGCCCACAUGGUGUGACCUGUGUGGAGACUUCAUCUGGGGCCUGUACAAGCAGAGCCUGCGGUGUGUCAAUUGCAGAUUCACGUGCCACUACCGCUGCCGUGCUCUGAUCCGGUUGGACUGCAGCUGGGACCGAGUCUCUGUGGCUGACCACACAUGUGUUGUGGAGCACACCAUAGAAACAGACACAAAUGUGGAUGAACAAAUUGAGUGGGGAAAGCAGGAGUUGACAACUGCCGAUAUUCAGCAGAAGGUGAAGGAAUACAAUGCUCAAAUCAACAGCAAUCUGUUCAUGAACAUGAACAAAGAUGGUUCCUACACUGGCUUCAUUAAGGUGCAGUUCAAGUUGGCUCGACCCGUGUCUGUUCCACCCCCAAAGAAAGGAGGCCACGAUGCUGGAGGCAGGAAGGCUGGCGGAGUGAAGCGUCGCACCUCUUUCUACCUGCCGAAAGAUGCAUCCAAGCACCUGCACAUAAGCUCACGCACUUCUGCUCGUGAAGUCAUCGAGGCUUUGUUGAAAAAGUUUACUGUGGUGGACAAUCCCGGCAAGUUUGCUCUGUUUGAGCGCAGUGAGCGUCAUGACCAAGUUUAUAUUCGCAAGCUGUCUGAUGAUGAGCGUCCCCUCCGACUGCGUCUGUCUGCUGGGCCCAAUGAGAAAGUCCUCAGUUUUGUUCUAAAAGAGAAUGAAACUGGAGAAGUCAAUUGGCAUGCCUUCUCCAUGCCCGAGCUAAAGAACUUCCUGCGCAUUCUGCAGCGUGAAGAGGAGGAGCACAUCAAGCAGAUAGUGCAGCGGUAUGCUCUGGCCCGCACCAAGAUGCAGGAGGCUCUGGCUGGCUCGACCCCCGGCUGAGACGACACUUCGCGGGGGGUUAAACGUGCAUCUCUUGGCUGGACAAACGCCUGAAGCUGACCAGUCAUCGCUGCAUCCAAAGAUCCCAGAGAACAUGACUCAGAACACCUCUUCGGUGAAAGAGAGAGUGAGACAGGGCGCAAGACAAUGAGAGAGAGAGAGCUAGCGCGAAUGUGCGUGUGAUGUGAUGCGAGAGAAGAAGUGCCUUACACCUGGAGAGUCUGAUGUGCCUGAGAGAAUGAGUUGAGAGGAGUGAAGACUGGCAGAUGAGGCAGUGGUCGUAUCCAGCAAUCUCUUUUGUUAUUGGGUACCAUCUGAUUAUCCUGCCUACCUCAGCCGUGUCACUUUAACUUUAAAGAAAUUGUCAGUGACGUUUAGGGCAUUUUUAGAUAUAUAUAUA